CAAACAUUGAACCUUAACCUUGAAGUCUUUAACGAAUAUUUCAUAGUACAACGAUACAAAGAUGGUUUGAUCUACAACUUCUUGUCUAAGACGACUUUACAUGUCAAAUUGGAUUACAUGAAAAUGGCUCCUUGGUUGGGGUUAGACCAGUCUUUGGUCCUCCAGCUCAUACGCUACGGUCUCAUAUCUGCAGUCCUCCACAUUUACACAAAACGUAAAAUAGGACCUCUACACGCUGGAUCGGCCAUAUUCACCUCUCUCACAAUUAUUACAAUACUAGCACGACAAUGGUUAUCACUCGUCACAACAUAUGCCCCGGAGCCUUACCUUGACGAAAUAUUUCAUAUUCCCCAAGCUCAGGUCUACUGUGAUGGGAAAUAUAGUGUGUGGGAUAACAAGAUCACCACACCACCUGGACUCUACGCCUUGACUCUCAUAGCAAAUAGAUUGGCUGGGUUCCCAUGUUCAGUUUACUAUCUUCGAUUGUUCAAUGUAGAGGUCACCUCCUAUCUCGCCAUAGCCGCGGUAACUUCCAGAGUUCGCCUUGAACAAUUGAGAUCAAGAGAGAACCCUCAGGUUCCAGUUCAGUACUCGGCUUAUGCUAUCUGGACGGGAAUCAACAUUGCUCUGUUCCCAGUCAUAUUAUUCUUCUCCGGCUUAUACUAUACAGAUGUUGUUUCGACAUUUGUCGUAUUACUUUCUUAUACCAACCAUCUAGGCCGGGUUAGUCAAGACAGACCCUCCUUGAUAAACGAUGUUUAUACUCUCUUCCUCGGACUUCUAGCUCUGUGUAUGAGACAAACCAACAUCUUUUGGGUUGUGAUAUAUAUGGGUGGCUUAGAAGUCGUCCAUGGCAUCAAGCGAUUACGCCCCAAAUCUGUGGAUAUCCCGACUUUCAACACGCUCUCACAGCAAAUCGGCUUCUAUGCUUGGCGAUAUUCACUUGGUGAUAUUCAUGAUCCCCACGUAUACGCAGCAUCCCCUAUUGACCUCGUUAUUUGCGUCGCAAGCAUUGGAAUCGCCGUAAUCUGCAAUCUUCCGAGCGUCAUUCAGCGUAUAUGGCCACAAUUAAUAGUCCUGGGAUCUUUCGUGAGCUUUGUCGUGUGGAACGGCGGCGUUGUUCUUGGGGAUAAAUCCAAUCAUGUAGCAACUCUCCACCUGGCGCAGAUGCUCUACAUCUGGCCCCUCUUCGCCUUUUUCUCUGCACCUCUAUUUAUUCCACAAGUUCUAAACCGUGUUUUGCACGCCUUCAUCCCCCCCAAACCCCAAGAGGUGAUCGAUUUGCGGCCAAAGACAGGACCUUUCUCUAAAGAGGCAAAUGAACCUAAGCGAUCAGCCGAACUAAAGAUAUUCAAUCGAGUUGGAUCUAGUCACACCAUCCACUCAAUCCUCGUCCUUGCCGGCGCUCUGGUGGCCGCAACUUUUAUUGUGGGGUUCAAUACCAUCAUUCACCCUUUCACUUUAGCAGACAACCGGCACUACAUGUUCUACAUCUUCCGGUACACCAUUCUCAAAGCAUGGUGGGUUAGAUACGCUCUCGUCCCCGUCUACGUCCUCUGCGGCUAUCUAUGCUGGGGUGCUCUACAGGGAGAGCCUUUCUCUAGGUACCACGGGAGCCCUGAGUGGACACAGACGCCAUUUGAUGGGCCUCCACCCAUCGUGGUAAUGCGACCGAGACCCUCUCAACCACCUCAGCUACCAGACGUAUUAGCAUCCUUACCACCACCUACCUCCUCCGCCCUCAUCCUCCUCCUCGCUACUAUCCUUUCGCUUGUUACCGCACCGUUAGUCGAACCGCGCUACUUCAUUAUACCGUGGGUAUUUUGGCGACUCCUCGUCCCGUCCCAUCUCGUUGUGCCAUUUGUUCCUGGAUCGAUCGGGUGGAAAUUCAUGCCCGCUCUUGAGACAAUCUGGUUCCUGCUCAUUAACGCGGCGACGAUGUUUAUAUUCGUCACACGUCCAUUCUUUUGGAAGACACCGGAUGGAGAGCUACUUGAUAGCGGGAGGGUACAGAGAUUUAUGUGGUGAUUUGUUGGUCCUGUUAUCUACCCCGCGAAUUAGCACGCGGUUAGAUAAGUACCCAAGUAAAUUGGCGAACAAUCGCCCAAUUCUCAUAGCUCACGCGACGUUUUUUAAUAAAACUCAAAACAAGUCACAAACCACCAUAACGGAAAUACAAUCAAUUUUGGUCUUCAA